AGGUCAAUCAUGUUAGAUAACGCGACAAACAACUUUCACGAGCGCAUAACGCACAUAGACCAUCGACGCCGUCCACAAAAUAACGAAAAUGUUAGGCACUUACUUGCGAAAAAUGAGCGCGACGCGUCGGAGGUCUGUAACGCAGCAGUUGCCCGGAGGGCCACUCGUGGGUGCCAUUGACGAAGGUACCUCCAGUGCGCGGUUCAUCCUCUUCGAGGCGGGCACCACCAAUGUAGUCGCGCAACAUCAAGUCGAGCUGAAAAAAAUAUACCCGCAGGAGGGAUGGGUAGAGCAGGACCCUGUUGUGAUCCUGGAUGCAGUACGCACCUGCAUCGAUCAAACCAUCAAAAAAUUGCACGAUCUCGGACGCAACGUCGAUGAGAUCGCCGCGAUUGGUAUCACUAACCAACGAGAGAGUACCAUCGUGUGGGACCGCACCACCGGCGAACCCUUACACAACUCCAUCGUCUGGCAGGACAUGCGUACCAGUUCGACUGUGGACCAACUCUUGGAUACGGUACCAAACAGAACCAGAAAUCAAAACUACUUGAAACCAUUAUGUGGAUUACCAUUCUCACCGUAUUUCAGCGCGUUGAAGCUGAGAUGGUUGCAGGAUAACGUCCCGAGAGUAGCUAAAGCCAUCAAUGAUGGCAAUUGCCUUUUUGGAAACGUUGACGCGUGGAUUAUUUGGAACCUGACUGGUGGGAAAGAUGGUGGUAUUCACGUGACUGACGUCACAAAUGCAUCAAGAACAAUGUUGAUGAAUAUCGAGACGCUGAAAUGGGACAACAAACUGUUAAACUUUUUCAAAAUUGAGAAGAGUAUCUUACCAGAUAUUAAAUCCAGUGCUGAAGUGUACGGUUUCAUCAAAGGAGGACCCUUGGAUAACAUACCAAUCGCCGGGUGCUUGGGAGAUCAACAAAGCGCAUUGGUCGGCCAGCAAUGUCUCAAAAGUGGACAGGCAAAGGCCACAUACGGUACAGGGUGUUUCUUACUAUAUAAUACCGGCACCGCUCAUGUAGACAGUAAACACGGUCUAUUAACAACAGUAGCGUACCAAUUGGGUCCGAGAGCAAACGCAGUGUACGCUUUGGAGGGAAGUGUUGCCGUGGCGGGUGCUGCAUUAUCCUGGUUGAGGGACAACUUGGAUAUCUUGCCGAAUUUCGGCCGGGCGCAAAGUUUAGCAAAGGAAGCCGAUUUGUUAACAGGAGGCGAGGUGGUUUUCGUACCAGCAUUCAGUGGAUUAUACGCGCCUUAUUGGGAACAGGAUGCUAGAGGGGUAAUAUGUGGUAUUACAAUCGACACAACCACAUCACACAUUGUGAAAGCAGCAUUAGAAGCGGUCUGCUUUCAAACCAGGGAUGUCCUCGACGCAAUGAAUAAAGAUUACGGCACCAAGUUAAAGAAUUUGCAAGUCGACGGUGGCAUGACUGCAAAUUCUUUAUUAAUGCAACUCCAAUCGGAUUUGACAGGUGUUAACAUAGUAAAGCCCAAUAUGGCGGAGAGUACCGCACUGGGGGCAGCAAUGUGUGCUGGAUACGCUGUGAACGUAUGGGAUAUUAAUCCCGAUGAGCCCAUUGAUAUCCCAUUGACAACAUGGACACCACGAUUUGACGAAAAUGAACGCGAUAUUUGCUACAACCGGUGGAAAAUGGGCGUUGAACGCGCAAUGGGGUGGAACUCAUAAACAAGUGAAAGAAUGUUGACACUACUACCAAAUUUCUUAUACUAAGAGACUGUUGAGUAGUUUUAAGUUGUAAAUUAAGGCCUCAAAAAUAAAUUGGUUCAAAGUUAGAAACAUGUUUGUUAUGUGUAAUGGAUUGCGCAAAUAUUUGUCAUGAGUGCGUGUUUGCCCAGUUAUAAUUUAACAAUAAUCAUGCUUAGAUAAGAAUAGAUAAGAUAAGUUAUCUGGGCGUAAACGCACCUGAGUCAGCAUCACACGGAUUGCGUACAGUUCAAGCUAAAAUCUGUGCCAGAAACAAUUUCUACUUUUUGACAAUCGAGUUGCGUAAAAGCAAAAAUGAGGAUAAAUAAAUUCUUCGUGGCUGCCCUGGUCAUAGCCGUGGUGUUGGCUGUACUGAGUCCAGAAGUCGAGGCGCGCCGUAAAAUCCUCAAGGGACGCAAGACCAUCACACGGACAUACUAUUCCGAACCUGCGUUGCCAUCCUGGGCGAUCAUCUUAAUCAUCGCAAUCUGUGAGAUCAUUGCGGGAGGAGUGGUGUUCCUGAUCCUGAGGUGGAAAAUUCUCAAACCUGCGGAAUCCGCCUAUGCCGGCCAAUAUUCGGUGGCACAACAAAGUGAAUUAAACUAAAUUCACCGCAUUCACAAUUUUUAAAUGACAUCUUUAUUAGUUUCCAUUUGUACCACGUAAAUAAAUAAUAUUUUGUAUUUACCGAACGUUCACAUGUACUACACGAAUAAAAUUUAAUUCUUCAUUUAUAGAUUAAA